AUGAUCAUUCUUGUAUCAGUUGACCACUAUUCCAAUUAUUUUGACGUGGACUUCUUGAACAGUCAAAAUACAAGCGCAGUUUUAGAAUGUUCUAAAAGAAACUUCAGCAGACUUGGGAUUCCUCGCCAGGUUAUCACGGACUCUGGAAAACAAUUUACCAGCCAGAAAUGGCAGCAAUUUGUAAAGACUUACGGUAUUCGUCACACUACAAGCGCACCAUACCACCACGAGGCAAACGGGAAAGCGGAGUCAUCGAUUAAAAUAGCGAAGAACGUACUGAAGAAGGCAUUGGAAGAUGGAAAAGACAUUUGGCUGGCAUUACUGGAAUGGCGCAAUACACCACAGGCUGAUGGAUAUUCUCCGAUUCAAAAACUCAUGGGGAGGAGUUCCAGAGGGCUGUUUCCACUGACACAGAAACGGUUGAAGCUCAUGCCGAUUGAUGGGAACAGAGUCCGCGAAGAAAUAGAGUUACGAAAGGUAAAAUCAAAAUUCUACCACGACCGCCGAUCUCAAGAAUUGCCAUCGCUGGUGCGAGGACAGGAAGUUUACGUACAGUUGAAACCAGAAAGCUCAUCCGAAUGGACCAGAGGGAAAGUAAACGGUAUACUGAGUGAUCGGGAUUAUCUAAUUGAUGUGAGGGGAGCAGAGUAUCGUAGAAACAGAAGAAAUAUUCGAGAUUCAUAUGCUUCAUUAGAUUCUGGAACACGAGAAAACUCUUCAGCAUUCAACGACAUAUCAUCUCCAGGUUUUGAACAGGAUGGUUUUGGACGCACCAAGAAUCACUACGAGUGGCCAGGAAACGAUACAGCGGUCGCCAAGUCGGAAACUUCAACAAGCAACCAACCAGUGUACCCGGAAGCAGAUAAAACUAAUCAGUUAGGCGAAACUCCAAGACGACCGGUUAGGUUAACCAGGCGCCCUCUCCGCUUUGAUGACUAUGUGCUCGAAGAGUAG